UGCUCCACCUGUCAAGUGUGGAACCUUAUAUAGACAGGUUGAAGUCUAUGUGUAGAGACGUGUCCUCUUCAUCUGUGAUCUACAGACCCCUGGGAACACUGAAACGCACCAGACCAGAGCAGCACACCCACGAUGUGGACCGUGCUGAUUGGCUGUUUGAGGGGGCGGACCUGGCCCCUGUCAGGAAGAGGGUGAUGAUGCAGGAGGCCACACCCACAACGCUCCCUAAUCCUCCACCCCUAACACACACACCUCUCAUCACAGGAGACUACAUGGACUGUACUGAAUCUAAUGAUGAUGAUGAUGAGGAGGAGAGAGACCUGGAGGAAGAUGAGAGAGGUGGGGAGGAGAGAGACGAGGGGUCUGUAUCUAAUUCUGGCACCCCUCUUCGCUGGGAGGAGUUUUUCACCACGGAGAUACUGACGGACAGCCAGACCAGCCAACCAAACUCCUGCUCUCACACAAGCCCCUCCCACUCCACACUCACAGGCUCCCAGACCCCAGAGCUGUUUGUUGAUGACUCCGCCAAACUCCCCUCGCCGUCACUUCCUCUCUCGGCUGGGCGAGGUCCGAGUCAGGCUGACAGCAUGCUCAUCCAAUCAGAAGACCGGUGUCAGGGAGAUGCAUUGACCAAUCUGGAUGCUGGGGGGGAGGAGAGUGGCAGCCACACUCACCAAUCAGAGCCAACGGAGUCUCAGGUGUCAUCGGACUUUGACAUCCCAUCUACGCCGGAUUCACACACACCUGGACCAGACGACCUCAGUGAUCUGUACAGGAGACUGGCCGCUGGAGAGGAAUUGGUCAUCGGGACAGGAAGUCAGUCCCUCUGACCAUGUCUAACUCUUUGUAUAUAGGACAGAGGUCAUCAGGACAGGAAGUCAGUCCCUCUGACCAUGUCUAACUCUUUGUAUAUAGACAGAGGGAAGAGGUCAUCAGGACAGGAAGUCAGUCCCUCUGACCAUGUCUAACUCUUUGUAUAUAGACAGAGGGAAGAGGUCAUCAGGACAGGAAGUCAGUCCCUCUGACCAUGUCUAACUCUUUGUAUAUAGACAGAGGUCAUCAGGACAGGAAGUCAGUCCCUCUGACCAUGUCUAACUCUUUGUAUAUAGACAGAGGGAAGAGGUCAUCAGGACAGGAAGUCAGUCCCUCUGACCAUGUCUAACUCUUUGUAUAUAGGACAGAGGUCAUCAGGACAGGAAGUCAGUCCCUCUGACCAUGUCUAACUCUUUGUAUAUAGGACAGAGGGGAGAGGUCAUCAGGACAGGAAGUCAGUCCCUCUGACCAUGUCUAACUCUUUGUAUAUAGACAGAGGUCAUCAGGACAGGAAGUCAGUCCCUCUGACCAUGUCUAACUCUUUGUAUAUAGGACAGAGGUCAUCAGGACAGGAAGUCAGUCCCUCUGACCAUGUCUAACUCUUUGUAUAUAGGACAGAGGGAAGAGGUCAUCAGGACAGGAAGUCAGUCCCUCUGACCAUGUCUAACUCUUUGUAUAUAGGACAGAGGGAAGAGGUCAUCAGGACAGGAAGUCAGUCCCUCUGACCAUGUCUAACUCUUUGUAUAUAGGACAGAGGGAAGAGGUCAUCAGGACAGGAAGUCAGUCCCUCUGACCAUGUCUAACUCUUUGUAUAUAGGACAGAGGGGAGAGGUCAUCAGGACAGGAAGUCAGUCCCUCUGACCAUGUCUAACUCUUUGUAUAUAGACAGAGGUCAUCAGGACAGGAAGUCAGUCCCUCUGACCAUGUCUAACUCUUUGUAUAUAGGACAGAGGUCAUCAGGACAGGAAGUCAGUCCCUCUGACCAUGUCUAACUCUUUGUAUAUAGGACAGAGGGAAGAGGUCAUCAGGACAGGAAGUCAGUCCCUCUGACCAUGUCUAACUCUUUGUAUAUAGGACAGAGGGAAGAGGUCAUCAGGACAGGAAGUCAGUCCCUCUGACCAUGUCUAACUCUUUGUAUAUAGGACAGAGGGAAGAGGUCAUCAGGACAGGAAGUCAGUCCCUCUGACCAUGUCUAACUCUUUGUAUAUAGGACAGAGGGAAGAGGUCAUCAGGACAGGAAGUCAGUCCCUCUGACCAUGUCUAACUCUUUGUAUAUAGGACAGAGGGAAGAGGUCAUCAGGACAGGAAGUCAGUCCCUCUGACCAUGUCUAACUCUUUGUAUAUAGACAGAGGUCAUCAGGACAGGAAGUCAGUCCCUCUGACCAUGUCUAACUCUUUGUAUAUAGACAGAGGUCAUCAGGACAGGAAGUCAGUCCCUCUGACCAUGUCUAACUCUUUGUAUAUAGGACAGAGGUCAUCAGGACAGGAAGUCAGUCCCUCUGACCAUGUCUAACUCUUUGUAUAUAGGACAGAGGGAAGAGGUCAUCAGGACAGGAAGUCAGUCCCUCUGACCAUGUCUAACUCUUUGUAUAUAGGACAGAGGUCAUCAGGACAGGAAGUCAGUCCCUCUGACCAUGUCUAACUCUUUGUAUAUAGACAGAGGGAAGAGGUCAUCAGGACAGGAAGUCAGUCCCUCUGACCAUGUCUAACUCUUUGUAUAUAGGACAGAGAGAAGAGGUCAUCAGGACAGGAAGUCAGUCCCUCUGACCAUGUCUAACUCUUUGUAUAUAGGACAGAGAGAAGAGGUCAUCAGGACAGGAAGUCAGUCCCUCUGACCAUGUCUAACUCUUUGUAUAUAGGACAGAGGGGAGAGGUCAUCAGGACAGGAAGUCAGUCCCUCUGACCAUGUCUAACUCUUUGUCUAUAGGACAGAGGGGAGAGGUCAUCAGGACAGGAAGUCAGUCCCUCUGACCAUGUCUAACUCUUUGUAUAUAGGACAGAGAGAAGAGGUCAUCAGGACAGGAAGUCAGUCCCUCUGACCAUGUCUAACUCUUUGUAUAUAGGACAGAGGGAAGAGGUCAUCAGGACAGGAAGUCAGUCCCUCUGA